CUUUAUACACAAGAAAGAGGAAAUUUGAAAUUCAAAAAUUGAAAACAUAACACACUUAUAACAGCUUAUACCCUUUCUCGGUUGGGAGGGUGUUGCUCUCUAGAUCUCUGUCGUCGGGUCUCUAAAGGCUACUUCCAGAUCUAGGGGAUAUAGGUUGGACCGAAGGUCUAGGUGAACCUAACGAAACAAAAAAAAAUUUAAAAAAUCCCUUCCAACUUUUAGGGAAACCAUGCACGACCGAUCGACCGCAUGCAAUUACUCCAUGUUAAAUUUUUUAGAUAGCCUACAUACAUACAUACAUGCACUUCUUUUUACUACUCAAGUUGUAAUGAUUAUGAUGAUUCUGGCACGUACUGUAGUAUAUGUGGGUUUGCUUCUAAUUUUAUUGACCCAUUAAUGGAUACAGUAUUAAAAGAAAUCUUUAUAUAUUAUCAUGCCACUAAGAAAAAAGGUCGUAAUUAAAGAUAGAGUCAGAAGCUUAUAUUAUAUGAGCUAUCCUUCCUUAUAUGGAAUUCAAUCAUACAAAUUGAAUACUUGGAUUAUAGAUUUGACUCAAUUUUGUAUUUUAGAAUCCUAGGGGUUAGAGUUUAUGAAAGCAUUUAAAAUAUGAUAUUGUCCUUAAGUGACAGAGAUAUUUUUCUCAAUAGCUCCUUUAAUAGUUCUUUUAGAUGUUUCAAUGCUAGUAAUGGAAGUUAAUUAGGAUUUUUGGGACAAAAAAAGGCAACAUCUUACAGCACAUAGUAUAUAUGCAGACGAGGAAUCAAAACUUAUCAUCAAACAAAGGAGUUAGCUAGGGCACUUUGGUUCCUAACCAGCCAUGGUCGUCUUGGUUCUGUUGUCGCUGGGAUUUGUCUUGGCUUACAUUUUGGCCCGAUACAUGCCAAUCUCCAAACGGAAGGAACCAAAAGAUCACUAUUACUCGCUACCAGGUGGCAGCAUGGGAUGGCCCUUCAUUGGAGAGACUGCUGCCUUCUUCAAACCCCAUCGCUCAGAUUCCAUUGGAAGAUUCUUGCAACAGCAUUGUUCUAGGUAUGGGAAAGUGUUCAAGUCGCACAUAUGUGGCGGUCCAGCCAUAGUAUCAUGCGACCAUGAGCUCAACGCGUUCGUGCUCCAAAACGAAGAGAAGUUGUUUCAGGCGGCCUAUCCAAAGGUGAUGCAUGACAUUCUCGGCACGUACAGCCUCUUCUUCGUCAGCGGGGACCUUCACAAGAAGCUACGGAAUGUUAUCACCAGCUUCAUUGCGCUCAACAGGUCAAACCCCGACUUCCUUCUUUGCAUAGAUCAGCUUUCUAUCUCGCUAUUGGAUUCUUGGAGAGGACGGACUCAAGUCAGAUUCCAUGACGAGAUCAAAGUGUUCACUCUUGGUAUAAUGGUGAAACAACUCUUAAGCAUUGGACCAGAGGAGCCGACAGCACGAGAGGUGUUGCAAGAUUUUGUAACUUACAUGAGAGGAUUCGUGUCAUUGCCAAUACCAAUCCCCGGAACAGCAUACUCCAAAGCGGUCAAGGCUAGAAAGAGACUGUCUAAGAGGGUCGCAGAGAUGAUGGAAGGAAGGGAGAAGAGAGAAGAGGGUGGGAGGAGAGAAGGAUCUGCAGAUUUCUUAGAUGUUAUAAUGUCUAGGGAAGAUUUAAACCAUGAAAUGAAAGUGAGUCUCGUGUUGGACAUUUUGCUUGGGGGAUAUGAAACAAGCGCCACUCUUCUUUCCCUGAUUCUCUACUUCCUUGCUCGAGCUCCUCCUACUCUUCUUCACAAACUCAAGGAAGAACAUGAAGCCAUAAGAGCCAAGAAAGGAGCUGGAGAACCCUUGAACAUGGAAGAUUACCAGGAGAUGGAGUUCACCCGCAAUGUCAUCCAUGAGGCCCUGAGAUGCGGGAACAUUGUCAAACUAGUUCACAGAAAAGCCAUUCGAGAUGUUAAAUUCAAAGAAUAUGUGAUUCCGUCGGGAUGGCUGGUUUUUCCUGUCUUCACUGCAGCAAACCUUGACCAAUCUCUUCACGACAAUCCCUGCGAAUUCAAUCCUAUGAGAUGGACCGUAAGUGAGAAAGGGAUGGGCAAAAAACUGACGCCAUUUGGAGGCGGAUCAAGGUUGUGUCCUGGCGCCGAAAUCGCUAAACUGGAGAAUUGCUUCUUCAUUCAUCAUCUUGUCCUCUCCUACAGGUGGCUCUUCCUCGUCAUUUUUCAUCCCUCCUCUAAUCAGUUGCGUCAUAUUUCACUAAUUUAUCAUGCGAAAUGGCAGGUGGAGAAUAAAAGAAGAUGAAAUGCCAAUCGCGCACCCUUUCGUGGAGUUUAAGAGAGGAAUGCUCAUAGAGAUCGAACCGAUGGAAGACAACAACCAUCACUAAGUUUCCGUAAUUAACCAACAAUGAAUGUAUAGAUGUCGGAUCCUCCUGAAACGGGUGUGGUGUACUUCCCAUCCCAUCCCUAAACGAAAUCAUGUAAAAGACCCGGCAUGUUCCAUAAAAUAAAAAACCACAAGAUAUCCAUUGAAA